ACGCUAAUAUUUAUAAAUUUAUAUAUAUUUCCUGAUGAUUCAGGGGGUAGUUUAACUUUCCUGCAAUUGACAUGAAAUACAUGUGCGCCAGCGCAACGAACCCAUCAUUUUUAUAAUUCCAUGAGUAAAAAAAAUAUAUAAUAUAAAAGCACAUUGUCAUCAUUAUAAAACACUACAAUUUUAUAUUAAUACGAAAAUAAAUAAUAGUUUGAAUAGAUAACACACAAGGCUAUGAAUGAAGACCAAAUUUUGUCAUUUCGAGAUUAUAGUGGUGUUGCUACUGUCUGUUAUUCCUUGGCCAGGACCAUCUGUUUUUAAAAUAUCAUGCCCCCGGGAUCGUGCUUCAAUGGUUCGACGGAUCAUACAAAAGAGAUGGAUACCGAUAUUAAAAAAGUACCAGGUAGAAUUACCAUUGGAAUGUCCAUUUCAUCAAAGUCGAGAUAUAUUUUAUCCUCAACAAUCAGCAAAAUUUCAACACAGAACAUCACAAUGGACAUGUGGUCUUUGUGGAAAAUCAUUUUAUGCAGAAAAACAUUUAGACACACAUUUCGAUAGCAGACAUAAAAAUAAUGUCAAUACGGCAGAAGAUGCAAUAUGUUUAGCAAAUUAUUGUGAUAUAAUGCGAUGUGAUGUAUUGGCAGUAACUGAAUAUGACAGUAUAUUGACAAAUGAUCAAACUGGAUCAUUAAUAACUGACAUACAAGUUUGGCGUGAACAUACUGAAAGUAAAAUGACACCAUUUAUAUCAUGUGAGUGUCGUGAUUUGGCAAGAGUACAAACAAAUAUUAAUAAUAAUAUUAAAACAGAUAAAUCAGUUAUACCAGUUGGUACAUUAUUUCAUCAGCCAAAUCAUCAUAAUCAUCAUUAUUAUUAUUAUUAUAAUAAUCAUCAACGACAUUGUUACAGAGAUGAUAAUGAUAAUGAUGGUGAAAAUAAAAAAAAUAAAAAAUUAAUUAAAAAAAAUAAUGAUAAAACAAGAAAAUCAAAUUGUUAUCCAAGAGAUGCUGGACCAGAUAAUAAAAGUAGUGCAUGUGAUAAUUCUAAUGAUGAUGAUGAUGAUGAUGAUCAUGAUGACGAUGAUAGACAUAAUAAUUAUGAGGAUGAUGAUGAUGAUGAUGAUCCAAAUCUUGUUGAUACCACUUUACCACCAUCAGCUGAAAGAAGAGAAAAAAAAAGAGAAGCUGAAAUUAGAAAAUUAAAAGCUAAUUGUAAACCUGAUGAACUUGCUAAACUUAAAAUUCAAUGUGAAAUAUUGGUGAGAGAUUGUAUUGCUGGACUACUUACAAAUUUAUCAGUAAAACAUUUUCAAGAAAUUGAAGGUGAAUUAAAUAGAGCUGUUUGUUGGUAUUUAACUUGUGAUAGAUAUUGGGAAGAUACAAAACGUAAUCAACGUCAUACACCUUGGUAUCUUCUUGUGACAUUUUUAUUUUUAUUAUCAUCUGGUAUAUCAGCAUGUUACUAUGUUGUUUCACUUCUUCUAAGUUCAGGUGAUGAUGAUUGCAUUGAUGCAAUUGAAGACAAUCAAGAUUAUCGUGAUAGACAUAAUCUACCAGUAUUAUCAUCAUCAUCAUCUAUUAAUGAACAUCAAAAUGAUGUACGUCAUGAUAAUCGAAGAAAACAUGAUGAUCAAGAAGAAAAUAGACUUGUUCCAACUGGUGAUAUGCCAGAUCAUUAUAUCUACGUAACUUAUCCUCCAGAGCUCAAACGUCGACUCAUUGAAAGCUGUUACAACAGAACGACAAGGUUGUAAAAAAACAAAAAAAAAAUGACAAAACAAAUAAAAUGAGAACUUCUUGAUAUUCUUCAGCUCAUAAUAAUAUUUUGUGCAAAUAAAAAUGAAAAACAAAUCACUAUUUCAUACUUUUCAUCAUCGUCAUCAUCAACAAGAACAAAUAACAAUUACAAAAAAAAAAAAAAAAAAUCUUGAUUGAUGAAAAAUCAGGGUAUCUAAAUAAUUUUCACCACACACAUACACACAUACACUCUUUUUCUUUUUCUCUUUGUCUUUGUCUUUGUCUUUGCCUUUCUCUUGUUUAAAACUUUAAAUAUAUAUCACAUUAAAAGUUAAAACCAAUAUGUCAUUUUCAUGGCACCAUCUGAAUCACGUUGUGUAUCCAUAACACUUGUUUGUCUCAUGAGUAAUCUACGUGCAGCUGUUGUUGAUAAUCCACGUGGUUCAUUUUGUUGUUCAAUUGAUGAUGACUGUCUUCUAACUGAUUGCAUUUCCAUUGUUUGUUCACCAGCUGA